AUGUCAGAGUGCAGUAUUAACGAAAUCAAAGACAAAGAACAAGAAUUAGUCAAUAACAUAGAAAAAACAGAUAGCUCAAAUCAUCUGCCUAACACAUCAUGUCACAUUCAUCUAGAGAAAGAAGAUAUUCACAAAGAACACACGGAAGUAAUUGCAACAGACACAAAUACUAAUACAUCUCUUAAUACUCCAAAAACUCAACUAGGAAACACUUUGCCAUAUUAUAUAAGAGAAAAAAAUGACAAUUACAAAUUAGUUACAUUUAAGAUGCGAAGGAAAAUAAUUGUUAUUGCUGACUAA